AAGAGUCACGUUCUAUUUGACAGUUGAUUGAAUGUUCAAUGUGGACAUCUUCGUUAAUUGUUGAUAUAACAUUUUUUUUUUCAAUGUGAUAAUAUUAGGUCGCUAAUAUUUCAGAGUUCGUAACUAUUUACUUCAUCUAAUUAUAUAUUACAAAGUUGUUUUUAGCUUCACCGUGUAUAUAGAAAAAACGUUUAUAUUCAUGCAUACGUACAUUUAUCGUUUUAACGAGCAAUUAAUGGUAAAAUUUUCAGAUCCCCAGUUGAAAUCAUACUGCCUUCAAGCGACUAUUCAAUCCUUGAAAUAUUCUACAAUGGUAUACAAUUUUCCAACUACUGAAGGAAAUACACCGUCACGUUCGUUAGAGACUUGUGCAAAUUUUAAUUACUCUGCUACCGUAAAAUGCAUCGUCUCAAACAGCAGAAGUUUAUCGGGUUCGUUCGAUAUCAAGACAUUAGAAGAGCACCCCUGCGAAGUUGACGUAAACAGUCUAAUUGAAACGGCUAAAAUGUCGGGUCUCACACCUUCUCGUUUGGAGUCAACUAUGGGCGUACUCAGUGCUGUGUCAUCGAAACAAACAAGCAAAAGUAUUAAAAAAACAAUUCAAGUCUUGGAAGUUUUGAAGCAAGCUACGAAGAAUGACAACAUUAAUAUAACUGAAGAAGCUAUAGUUUCUUUAUUGUGGAUCAUGGAUGAUAUACACAGUACCGUGAAGCACGGAAUAUCCGGGGAUCAAUUGGAGGUUUCGCAAGAUGAAAAACUAUUGCUUUUGGAAACGUUGGAAAUCUAUGGCUCAAAUCUUGUACUAGUCGAUGAAGUAUUUACAAAAAUGUCAGAAACUAAUCUGUUUCAGGCUCAAAAGAUCAACUUUUCAACUGAUGACCCAAUAGUCUUCCAUGGUUCAAUAUCAAAUAACGACACCUUCCAACCAAGCGCCAAAUCCUACAUUCCAAAAUAUGCUAUACCAAAUAGCGCAGGAAAGAAAAAUGCAGUGUUUUAUUUGCACAAAGACGCUACGCUGUUUCCAAACACGUCUAAAGAUAGUAUGAAAGUUAAUCAAGUAUUGAGUUCGCAAAUUUCAAAAUCAACACUCCGCGAUUUAAAGGAACCUGUUAAGCAAUCGUUCAAUCUGCCUGCGAGGGAUACUAGAUCUAAAAGAAAUUUCAUUACGCAAAGAUGCUCUUAUUUGAAUCUUUCGACAGGAGAUUGGGAGUUUAAUGGUUGCAAAACAAUAAUUAUAAAUUCUAACUUUACAUCUUGCACUUGUGAUCAUAUGACAAAUUUCGCAGUACUUGUGCAAACCCACGAUGUGAUGUCUAGCUAUGCAAUUCAAAUUGUCGGAUAUAUCGGCUGUUCUUGCUCAAGUGUUGCUUUAAUUCUAGUACUGAUCAUAUAUCUGGGUUUUCAGAAAAUUCGCACCAAUCAAGUCAAUCAAAUUUUGAUUCAUCUCAGCGCUUGCCUGCUUGUUGGCUAUUUGACCUUUCUUAUUGGUGUAGAACGACCACGUGACUAUAUUUCUUGCAUGGUUGUCGGAUCAAUUUUACAAUUUUCAUUUUUAUCAGCAUGGGGAUGGAUGUUUUCUGAAUGUGUAACAAUGUACAUAAAACUCGUGACAAUAUUUAAUAAAAUUUCCAAUAAUUACGUCAUCAAAACAGCAGCUAUUGUGUACGUUGUGGCGUUCCUCAUAACUUUGGCAACUUCAAUAAUUGCAUAUGUUAUUGGAGAUUCUGAACAGUAUGAAGAUUGGGAAUUGGAUACCGAUAACGUUCCUUUGUUCUAUCCUUCCUAUUACGUCAGUGAUCGUCUGUGUUGGUUGCAUGGGUAUUCUCUGUACUUUGGUUUCCUGACUCCUGUUGCCAUUGUAUUUGUUGCAAAUAUAAUUGGAUUUAUCAGAAUCAUACGAGUGUUGGCAAAACCUAAUCCUAAGGUUCGAUCCACAAGAGCUGAGAAAGAUAUGAAAGAUCACGCCCUACGAAUAUUGACAGUUUCUAUUUUGCUGGGUGUCACCUGGGUUUUCGCCAUUCCAAUGACAAUGACAGAUGACGAAACGCUCAAUGAAAUAUUUAGUUGGCUAUUCUCAAUCGCGAACGCUUUCCAGGGCGUGUUUAUCUUCGUACUGUUUUGCGUCAGACGUGAAGACGUUCGCCAAAUUUGGAUGCAGAUUCUUCCUUGUACCGGUGAAAGUUCAUCAAAUUAUUCUCAAUCAUUGCAUAUCGUGUCUAUAUCGACAUCUCGCGGAUCUUCGCAGAAAACAAACUUGACAUCAAUGGUGGAAGAACCAAAUACUGUUGAGGAACAGAAGCAUAGUACAAUUGUAUAACAAUCAAAAGAAAUUUUUCAUGAAGGGGUAUCUUUAUGUACUUGUUUUUACCCUUAAAAUAAACUGCAUUGUAUAAAGCUUUAUUUUAUACUUAUUGUUAAAUAUGCAUGACUAUCUGUUAAAUCGUGCAACAGAUAAUCGUAUUCCGCUCUUCAAUCUGAUUUAGUAUGUUUUGAAAGAUAAGUUGUUAUAUCAAUGAUUAUAACUGAUUUUUUUCUCGGUCGUAUAGGGGUCUUGUUCGCAGCAUUCACUGCUUCGUUAACUCUUCACAGUUGUUGUAUAUAGUAAAGUGGAUGAUUACAUUUAAAUUUGGGUCUCGCCGCUUCUCACCCUCACGAGAAGAAACGUAUAUUAUGACGUCAACGUUUUCUGGUCCAAUGGCGUUUUAUUACUGCUCUAUAAUGAACUUCUUACUUUUUAAGUUCAGGUUAUUACCAAAUAUACUUGUUAUAAACACAAUUUUGUGAGACAUGCAUUCGCACAUCAUGACACCUUGCGACGGUCCGCAAGGGAACGUCUGCAGAAACUACCAUAAUUUGUUUAAUGAAAGUCUUGAUACCCACCUUACGCAAUAUAAUGCAAAGAAAUUAACGAUGCGAGUACUGUAAACGGUUAGUAUGG